CUCCUUGACAGCGAAGAAGAAGAAAGCCUCCAACAGAAAAUGGCGGACUUGCUUUGCGGCUUAUGUGUUUGACGAUUCUAAGCGCACGUUUUGUGUUUUAUUCCAGAGUAUGCGCUGGGUUUGACAACUAGACACGAUGUUCAAAAGGGCGAAAAGAGCGAAUUUUCGGCGGAGGAACGACUCCGAGGAGGACGAGCAGGAGCCGGGCCAGCCGCAGGCGCUGGUGCCCAUGUCGUUUGGGCCUGCGGUGGAAAUCCCGUUUAUGGAAAAAAGCAGCGGCGGCGGUACCGGAGCGCCGAGCGGCACCGACACCCUUCACAGCAACGGCUUUUUGGCCAACAUUAACAUCGCGAAACCUGUCAAGAAGGAAAAGAAAAUCAAAGAAGCACCAGCUCUGCCUCUACCAGCUAAAGUCAGUUUGCUGAGCUUCGACGAGGAGGAAGAAGCUACCGAGGUGUUUAGGGUGAAGAAACCAAACCACAGCAAGAAAAUUGUCAAACAACUAAAAAAGGAAUAUAAGGAGGAUCUGGAAAGAUCUGGAAGCGGGAAACAUGAAACUAAAACAGACGCUCCAUCAAAACCUGUGUUUGCAAUAAAAGAGGAAAUCACCAGCAGGGACAACAGUGAACAUGGAGAGGAGGAGAUGGAGGUGGACAGUGAUGAUGAAGAGUCCAAGAGUCAAAAUGCUCCAACUCAUGCUCAAAUGUCCAGAAGCCUCAACCCAGCAGGGACGUUUAACACGCUGUCCUCCCUCAGCAGUUUGAAACCAGGCGAGAUCCCUGAUGCGGCUUUCAUCCACGCUGCCAGGAAACGCCGGCAGCUGGCUAGAGAGCUGGGGGGCGAUGCUCCUCUGGUCCAGAUGGACACUCCCCAGAAGCGCUUGGAUCAGGAAGACCAAGAUGCCAGUGAUGAUGACGAGGAUGAGAAGAGGAUCCGCUUCAGUGGAGUCAAGAACAAAACGCAGAGGCAGAAGAUAGCUGAAGAAAUUGGGAUUGAGGGAAGUGAUGAUGAAGCUCUGGAUGCAGCAGGUCAUGAUGAGGAGGUGAGCCGAUGGGAGCAGGAGCAGAUCAGAAAAGGAAUUAGUAUACCUCAGGUCCAGAGCAGCCAACCAGAAGAAACCCCAGUUUACUAUCAGAACAGUUACGAGACGCAGCCUUACGGCUCCUCCUACAGCAUGCCCUUCACCUACAGCACCGUGACCCCACAGACCGCCAAGCUCCCCAGCCUCUCCAAUAACGGCUCAGUACACUACGGGAGGCCUAUUUGUGAUCUCACACCCAUUUCCAUUGAUCUGGUAAAGAAACGCCUGCAGGAAAGGCUGGGCCACAUGCACACAGGCCACAACGCAAACGUCAAGCGCUACAAACAGAUCAAAGAGGACCUGGCUGCCUCUGAGAGUGUCAUACAGCAGCUGGAGGGCUCGUCCAAUAACAAUGCAGAACAAUAUAAGUUCUUGCAAGAGAUGCGAGGGUAUGUUGGAGACUUGCUUGAGUGUUUCAGUGAAAAGGUGCCUGCUGUCCUGGAGCUGGAGGCUGCCAUGCACCAGUUACUAAGGCAACGGGCCUCACGGCUGGUCCAGAGAAGACAGGAUGAUAUUAAAGAUGAAUCGGCGGAGUUUGCAAGCCUUUCAAAUAAAGCUGUCAUGGCUCCCAGUUUAGACUCAUUAGGUCGAGACCGCGCCGCAUACCAAGAGCACAACCGUCAGAGGAGAAUAGCGGAAAGAGAAGCACGACGAACACGCCGCCGACAAGCUAGAGAGCAAAACGGGAAAAGGGCUGAACAUAAGGAGGGCUUGUCAUCCGAUGAUGAGGAGACUUCUACUGACAUCACCAGUUUUGACAUGGAGAAAGAUCGCAUCGUUAGGGAAUCAAAGAAAAUAUUUGAGGAUGUUCUGGAGGACUUCCAUUCCCUCGACUGCAUCAAAGACCGAUUUGAAGAGUGGAGAAAGGAAUAUCCCGGAUGUUACCGAGACGCUUACAUCGGCCUCUGCCUGCCCAGACUUUUCAGCCCUUUAGUCCGCUUGCAGCUUAUUACCUGGAACCCUCUAGAGGUGCCGUGUGCAAACUUUGAGUACAUGCUGUGGUUUGAGUCGCUGUUGUUCUACGGCUUUGACGAGCACAGCACGUUGGAGAAAGACGACGGGGAUAUCGGACUGUUGCCGGCCAUCGUGGAGAAGGUCAUCCUUUCCAAACUGUCCGUGCUGGCAGAGCAAGUGUGGGACCCUCUGUCGAGCAGUCAGACUGCCAGGCUGGUGGCCUUCAUCCACAGACUCCUGAAAGGCUAUCCCACCGUGCUGCACGGAGACAAUCGAUUCACACAGGAACUCCUAAAAAUGAUUGUUUUGCGUACCAGACGCACGCUGGAUGAAGAUAUUUUUCUUCCACUCUACCCCAAAAAUGUAAUGGACAACAAGAACAGUGGUGCUUACUUAUUCUACCAGCGGCAGUUCUGGUCCUGUGUGAAGCUGCUGGGUAACAUCCUGCGGUGGGAGGGCAUCUUAUCCACUUCCUGCCUGAAGGACUUGGCUUUGGACAGCACUCUCAAUAGAUACAUCCUCUCUGCGCUUCAAACCACAGACGUAGGAGAGGAAAAUGUUCACAAGUGCCAGAAGGUGGUGGAGUGUUUGCCAGUGCAUUGGUUCUCAGGCCUGAAGGGUCAGCAGACACUGCCUCAGUUGGAGCCAUUGUGUCGCUAUCUCGCACAUCUGGCCAACUGUCUGCACCGCAACAGCAUCGGGCUCUCAGAUAUCGAGCGGCGCACUUCUAAGGAGCAGAUCCGAGACAUUGUGAAGAUGUUGAGGCUGGUGAAUGCCUUGGACCACAUCGUUGCUGUGGCUGCAGAGCAAGGCAUUAAAGACAUCAAGCAACUCAUGGAAGUCAAAUCGUAGAUGAGUGGGUCGACUAAACAUGGGAAGUGUUUGCGUUUCCACUCACUUCUGUUCCGUUAAGCACAGUUAAAGCCCCAGGACCCCCACCCCGAAGAGGAUUCUUGGAAAACUGUGGGACUGUACAUUAAAAUGAAACAACUACUUUAACGUGAGGUGGAAAUAUUGUAAAUAUUGUGAAUAAUGUACAGUAAGGUGAGUUGGCACGGAUCUUCUUUGUCCUUGCAACUUAAAAAGACUGCUCAUUCAACGCUCCUGUGAUGUUUUAAAAACGCUAUUUAAUAGAAAUAAGAUUUGAUGACACCCUUUUAAAACUGAUCCAUUUCCAUAACCAGAUUUGUUUAAAAAAAGCUUGCAAACUUUACUAUUUGUGCCAAACGGUAGUUUUUUAUUUUUUUAUUUUUGUCACCAUCCCCUGCUGGAAAGAAACUCUGAAAUCUUCCCGUAUUUGUUCUCACCUUUGUAAGCUAUGUUUAAAUAGUGCUUUUUUGCCUGCAAAUAAAGUGCAAAAUUGUA